AUCGGCACCGUGUUGGUAGUCCUGCCACACCUGUCAAAUUACAUAACCACAAAAACCUUCGUCCUUGCGGUCAAUUUUUUGCUCUAAAACCGAAAUUGCGUAAUAAUGGCCGCGAAGAGAAUCGCCCAAAGUUCAAUCAAUUGGGCCCAACUGGCCGAAAGGGUGCCCCCACACCAGAAGGGCCUCUUCCAGCAGUUCAAGUCCAAGUCCGACCACUACUUGCGCAGAGUGAUGGAGAACCCGGAGAAGGCCCCCGAGAUCAACUGGUCGUUCUACAAGUCCCGGGUCCCCGUUGCUGGGAUGGUGGACGAGUUCCAGAAGCAAUACUCUGCGUUGAAGAUUCCCUACCCCCCUGACACCGUCAGCUCGCAAGUUGACGCCCAGGAGCAGGAGAUUAAGGGCGAGAUUGAGAAGUUCAAACGGGAGUCGAGUGCUAGGAUUUCUCAGUAUGAGAAGCAAUUGGCUCAUUUGACAUCGUUGAUUCCGUUCGAUAAAAUGACCAUGGAAGACUUCAGGGAUGCUUAUCCUGAACAGGCCCUGGAUCCUAUCAACAGACCCACUUUCUGGCCCCAUGGUCCUGAGGACCAGCCUGGGCCCCAUGAUGAAGCUUCCGGACACCAUUAAAUGGGCUGUUAGUUUACCAAAUGUAAACAGAUUAGAAUUUGAGCUGAUAUAAUUGAGACACCUGUGUUAUUAGAGGAAAAACAGCUUCUUGCAAAAUUCAGUGUAUUUGUUUUCUUUAUGAAAUAAACUAGAUAAACAUU